AUGGCGUCAGAAGUGCUCAAGGUGUCCGUUAAAAAAUCAGCACGGUAUGCAUGCAUAAUUCAAGAUAAGCAAAAGCUGUCACCCAUAUGCGGCCGAUAUAAGGUGCCAAGUUUUUCCGUUACCAUCAUGGGUUCUGAGAAAGACGUGGCAGUGACCACGGGACAGGUGAGCAGAUUCUCCCAUGAGCUGAACACACAUGAGGUCAUAGCCACCAUCACAAGUGCGAAUGGUCACAACGUUGAGAUCACAACUGAUGUAGACCUUGCCAUGAAACUGGCUGUGGCACAGAAGGUGGAUGGAAAGAUUACAGUACUGAAAUAG